CUUGGUUAUGAAACGUCAACAAGCUUGUAAUAAUGAGCUGUGACUUCUCACACUGACACCCAGAAACACAGCAGAGGCAGGAACAGUAGCAGCUGCAUAGCAUUAUUUCCAGCCUGCACUUUGUCAGGAGCAGCCGGCAGCCCCUGUCCCACAGCAGAGGGACCCCACUCUCGUGCUUUCUGGAGGGGCACCUGAACCGUCUCCAUAACCAAAGAGGAAAUGCCCGACCCGGCAGCAGAAUUCACCAACAAGCCCUUUUCAGUCCAGCUGUCCAAUGUUUACCUCAGCAUAUUGGCUCUGUUCUGCUUCAAACUCUUCGUUAAGGUCUCUCUGAACUUGCUGACAUACUUCUACAUAGUGCGUGGGAACCGUAAAGAAGCGGCCCGGAUAUCAGCAGAGUUUUAUGACUAUGGUCAACAGCACAGAUCCUGGGCAGACCGCUCCCCCCUCCAUGACGCCGCCUGCCAGGGUCGCCUGCUGGCCCUGCGGACCCUCAUCCUACAGGGUCACGAUGUGAACGUCCUGACCAUAGACCACGUGACCCCCCUCCAUGAGGCAUGCCUCGGAGACCAUGCUGCUUGUGUGCGGGCCCUCAUCGAUGCAGGAGCAAACGUCAAUGCCUCUACGAUUGACGGUGUCACCCCCCUGUUCAAUGCCUGUGCAGUCGGCAGUGCUGCAUGCGCAGAGCUUCUUCUGGAAAAUGGAGCUAAACCCCAGACUCUGGUGUACCAUCCUUCACCCUUACAUGAGGCAACCAGCAAAGGUCAUUAUGGCUGUGUGGAGGUGCUGGUGACUUGGGGGGCAGAUGUGGAUACAGACAUUCCUCACCUGGGAACGGCGCUCUACACUGCCUGCGUCUGUCAGGAACUGGAGUGUGCCAGGAAACUCCUGAGGGAAGGUGCAAACGUACAGAGAGGCAGGUCCCUGGAUUCACCUUUACAUGCAGCUGCAGAGAAAGACUGCACCGCUGUGGUGAAGCUGCUGCUGGACUUUGGAGCAGACAUCAACGCCAGGAACAUGGAGUUCCAGAGGCCGGUGGAUGUGGCCCCUCCCAGCAGUGGCACAGAGGGUUUUCUGCUGCUCUAUGAAGCCACGCCCCGUAGGCUGAGCCAUCUCUGCCGUCAGAGCAUCAGGAGCUGUGUGGGUCGGGACCGACUCCACCUCCUGCCCCACCUCCCUCUGCCCAACAGGCUGAAAACCUACCUGCAGUACCAGUGACAGCAGGACAAUGGCGCCAAAGACGAAAGUGCCUUUUACACAAGAAGCUUCGCCGAAGACUCCUGAAGUUUGAAGUUAGCCUCAGUUUAGAAAUCUGGAGCUGGAGGACGUUUGCUGCUAAAACAAGGACCCACUCUGGUUUAUGAAUAUGAAUGACUAUUUAUUGUGUUUGUGUUUCCGAGAGAACUUAGUAGUGAAAACAGUUAGCAAAGAGUGAUGCACUUUACAUGAAAUUGUAAUGUCAUAAAAAGACAAAAUAUUUACAUGGAGUACUCUA